AUGAGCGCUAUAGACGACAAAAAGGCAGCUGAGAGACAGGAGAGGUUGAUUAAAUGGAAACAUAAGAAACAAGAGCAGGAUAUUUUGAAACAGAAAAAUGGUCAUAAUUCAGAGAACGAAGGUCGUAGUAUAACUGCAGCCCAGGGCAAUCCUGAUGGUACUAUUGAGAUGAAAGAUGCAGAUAAGAUGGCAGAACGAAGAAAGAAGUUAGAAAUGUGGAAACGAAAGAGGCAGGAACAAGAUGCGUUGAAAAAUAGAAGUAAUGAUAAUGUUGAGAGAGUCUCAAUUGCUAAGACUGGGGAGAGGGUACCGGUAGUGACAAGAAAAUCCACAUCGGAAGCUAGAGAUAUUGAGGACGUGGGUGAAGGACCAAAUGGGUAUAAUUCCCAUUCAGGUAAAAAAUCAAGCAGGAUUGGUUGGAACUCAAAGAAGCAAACGAAGAAAAGAUCGAUUUUUGAUGAUAGUGAUGAUGAGAUUGAACCGUCCAAGUUGAAAUUAUUUAAGCCGGGAACAGAGAUCAGGACUGAAUCAAAGGUAGAAGAGGAGACGGAGGACACCCUUGAGGCGUUUAUGAAGUCCUUGGAUGUUAAGGAAAAUAAGUUGCAAAAUGUAACGGAGGUUUUCUAUCAAGAUGACGAGGACACUGUCACAUUUGACUUCAAUCGGACUGAAUCUGAAUCUGGGACUGAAUUUGUACGUAUAGCUAAAAUAAAGGCUCGAAAGCAACUAAAGACUGUUCAUUAUAGCAAAGCUGAUUUAGAGCCAUUUGUGAAGAAUCUAUACCAUGAACCGGAAGAAAUCUGUUUAAUGACGGAUGAGGAGAUGGCCGACCUCAGACUAAGCUUGGAUAAUACUACUGUAAAAGGUCUCAAUUGUCCGGGACCUAUAACCAAGUGGACACAUUUAGGCCUUACAAGUGAUGUCAUGGAUUUACUUGUUAAGGAAUUUCAAUUUAACUUUCCCACACCAAUUCAAUCGCAAGCUAUACCCGCCAUUAUGUCUGGAAGGGAUAUUAUCGGUAUUUCAAAGACUGGUUCGGGUAAAACUGUAUCCUUUUUACUGCCACUAUUGAGACAGAUAAAAUCACAACGUCCUCUUAGAGUUGGAGAAACAGGCCCUAUAGGUUUAUUGCUUGCUCCUACAAGGGAAUUAGCAGUACAAAUCCAUGAAGAAGUUGUAAAAUUCACCGCUGCUAAUCCAAGAAUUAAAUCCAUCUGUUGUACUGGUGGUUCAGAGAUAAAAAAGCAAAUCAAUGAUAUCAAAAGGGGUAUUGAAAUUAUUGUUGCUACGCCAGGCCGUUUCAUUGAUCUAUUAAGUCUAAAUUCCGGUAAUUUGGUGAACCCGAAAAGGAUAGUUUUUGUAGUUUUGGAUGAAGCGGACAGGCUAUUUGAUCUAGGUUUUGAACCGCAAGUAAAUCAAAUCAUGAAAUGUAUCCGGCCUGACAAGCAAUGCGUUUUAUUCAGCGCUACAUUUCCUACAAAGCUGAAAAGUUUUGCAUCCAAGAUUUUGCAUAAUCCAAUACACAUAACCAUAAAUUCUAAAUCUUUAAUUAAUGAGAAUAUUGAACAACGAGUUGAAAUAUUUGGAGAUGAAGAGAGUAAAUUUAAGUCUCUAUUACACUGGCUAGUGCCAACACAAACUCGUGAAGUUGAUGAAAAGACAAUUAUAUUCGUAUCCAGUCAGCAAAUAUGUGAUUUUCUAUCAAAUCGACUAGAAGUAAAUGGGCUUGGCACUUUUUCCAUUCAUGCUGGUAAGCCGUUCAAUGAAAGAACUUGGAACUUGCGAAGCUUCAAAGAAACCAAAAAUGGCAUUUUAAUCUGUACAGAGGUACUAUCUAGAGGUUUGAACGUACCUGAGGUUUCCCUUGUUCUAAUUUACAAUGCAGCAAAAUCAUUUGCGCAAUAUGUUCAUACAACUGGAAGAACCGCCAGAGGUACUAACAAAGGCAUGGCAGUAACAUUAUUAAUGAACAACGAAUUGGCAGCGUCUUAUAUAUUAAUGAAGUCUAUGCGUGAUGAGGAAAUAAACAAGCACCAUCACGCAACAAUUUCCAAGUUGCAACAAAUGAGUGAUCAGUUUAAUGAAGGGUUAAAAACCGGCGAAUAUCGGUUGGCAAAGGGUUUUGGAGGAAAAGGCUUAGAUCAUUUGGAUAAGGUUAAUGAGGAGAAGCAUACAGAAGAACGCAGACAUUUUGAUGCUGAUUCUGGUACUGCUUCUAACGAUAUAUCCGAGCCGGGACAAGAUGUCGCUGUUACUGAAGAAUCACAGAGUGUCUCUGUCCCAAGGUUAGAUUAUUCAAUAAAAAAAAUGGUUAAUCCGGAUGGUACAUCAACAUAUUUUGCACACGUCCAGAUUAAUGACUUGCCUCAAGUGGUUAGAUGGGAAGCUACCAAGUUCACAACGUUGUCUUCUAUAAAACAUGAAACGGGUUGUAGCAUAACCAACAAAGGACGUUUUUAUCCCAGUGGACAAGGGCCACAUGAUACAACCGAUGAACCGAAACUCUAUUUGCUGGUUGAAUCUGCAAAUGACAAGGACAUAUCCUUAGCAAUUGAGCUUUUGGAAACUAAAGUCAGAGAGGGAGUACGUAAAUCAAACAUUCAAGAGAUUAGAUCGAACAAAUACACUAUAUAA